AUGUUUCGACCCGACUAUUGGUCCGACGACCCCAUGGAUGGUGUCCUCGGUGCCGGUGUGAUGCGGCCAGGUGCAGCACCCCGUCGCUUCGAUGAGUACUACCGCUGCUAUCCUGUAGCUAUGCUGCCCGGUCCCGAGCGUGAGAAUGUGAACCAUGGUGGCAAAGUGAUCAUGCCGCCCAGUGCUUUGGACAAACUUACUCGCCUUCACAUUACAUACCCCAUGCUGUUUGAGCUUCACAAUGGUGCCAAGGAGAGAAUGACACAUGCGGGUGUUCUUGAGUUUAUCGCUGAGGAGGGCAAGAUCUAUCUACCAUUCUGGCUCAUGCAAACCUUGCUCUUGGAGCCCGGUGACCUUCUUCAGAUUAAGUCUACAGAUCUUCCCCCUGGCCAAUUCAUCAAGCUUCAAGCCCAGUCCACUGCGUUCCUUGACAUCAGCGACCCCAAAGCCGUUCUCGAAAACGCGUUCCGGAACUUCUCCUGUCUUACCAAGGGCGAUGUGUUCACCUUUUCCUAUAAUGAUCAAGUUUAUGAGAUGGCUGUCCUGGAGACCAAGCCUUCUGGGACUAAGAAUGCGAUCUCAGUUCUGGAAACCGACUUGGAAGUUGACUUCGCCGCUCCAGUUGGAUACGAAGAGCCACAGCGAACCAGUGGGACUAGCACACCAGGCAGUGCCAUAAGUGGAGGCAAGCUUCCUGCAGGUGGCCUGCUGCAUCAUCAGGGAACCAUGGCGCAGUCUAUUAACUAUGCUGCCAUCGCGCCCGAGUCAACUGAAGCUGCUGCUGGCGCACGGGCUGUGUCUUCCAAUUUCUUAUCUGAGGGUCAGCGUCUGAAUGCAAAGAAGGGCAGCAAAGCCCCAACUCCCAAGGCCAGCACCCCCACACCCGGUACUGCAAACCCUCAACACCCCCCGCCUGUCCGAAGAACCAAUGGCCCUCAGCCUCUGCGACUACCUCCCAACCAGCUGUUCUUUGGAUACGCGAUCAAGCCAGCCAAGCCUCGCGAUGAGAAUGGGCAGGUCGUUCCUGAAGAUCAGCCCAAGUUCCAGGGAAUCGGACAGACACUACGCGGAAAGAGAAAGGAUGGUGGCGGAUCAGCCACUCCCACAUCCGGGAGCGAAGCUGACAGCCAGAAGGGCAAGGCUAGCGGCCGCACCCUCGGGAGCACCAAGCGCUAA